CGUGGGCUGGUGGCAAAUCUGACAAAUCCUGUUGCUUUUGUUCCAAGCUCCAUCUGAGCACCUGUAGAAAAAAGAAGUUUGUUAUUAUGCACUAAAGUGAAUAUUCCUGGAGUAGGAGUUGGAACCAUAAGACUUGAAGGCAAGAGAACGUAUCAUCAAGGAUCUGUUUACCCAGUUUCCUCAAAGCUCUCUCUUAGUCGGACUCAGCUGUACAUCAUGACAGAUGUUCCAGUGACAUUCAGUCAGGUGGAGUGUAAUGGGGAUAUACCACCUGAAAACGGUAAACCACCGAUCACUGAAGCCAGUGAGGAAGCCAGUGAUGUGGGUAGCACCCCACCAUACUACAGGAUAGAACCCAGUCUUGAGGAUUUACUCACAGAAGGAAAUCAGGAGAAAAGUGAAAAACUUCAAGGGAAGAGAAUGCUUAACUGGUCGAUGGAUGAGAAGAUCCUGAAAGAAAAACCAGAAGAGAAUCUGUUUGUUGUUCAUAAGGCCAUCACAGAUCUUUCUCUUGAAGAAACAAGUGUUGAUGAAAUGACAUUCAGAGAAGGGCUUCAGUGGGAAAAGAUUUCUCUGCAUCGCAAUAACCGGGAAGUAAGUGGACAAAAAGAAAGAAUUGUUGAACAGCCUCUAGAAGAAAGAGAAGAUGAGGGUAGGAAGAACAAAGCUUACCAGGCAACUGAAAUUGAAUGGCUGGGAUUUCGAAAACCUCACCAAGUUGAUGUGGUGCGUGAGGAGGAGCAAGAGGUUUGGGAUGAAGAAAUUAACAAUGAAGACGAUGAUGAAGAUGAAGUUCGAGUGAUAGAAUUCAAGAAGAAAAAUGAAGAGGGUUCUCACUUAACAGAAGAAGGUGAUCCAAGUGAGGACUCCCCACUGAGCAGCUCCAGCUCCCAACCUGUGACACCUGAUGAGCAGCCAGCUUUUGGAAAGAAGGGUGAUAUUUCCAGAAAUGCUUAUUCAAGAUACAAUACAAUAUCCUAUCGGAAAAUCAGGAAGGGGAAUACCAAGCAGAGAAUUGAUGAAUUUGAGUCUAUGAUGCAUUUAUAAACUAACUGGAUCUGAGAAGUUCUCAGGCCCACUAAUGCAAAAGCUAAUUCUAUAUUCCUGAGAUGCAUCAUUGUAUGUCUUAUUUCACUUAUCCCCUGUAAAGAUGUGGAAACUCACUUUCUGUUUUUCUGUAGAGUUAUGUGGAAAUAACCCUAGACAAAAUUCAGUAUGGUAACUUCAAAUCAGAAAGCUUUACAUUUGUUUGUGGACAUUUGCUUUUUAAAACUUCACUUACAUAGCAUUACAGGAUAAGCCCUAAACAGCCAGAACCCUGGGGAAUCUCACAUAAUUUGGCUUUAAAAGGAGGAGUGCUGGGAAAUGUAGUCAUUAAAUGGAGAGACCUAUUUGAAAUGAUUCUUAUAUUUCUUUCGGGGUCUUUCUUCCUGUACCUUGAGGCUGAAUGAAAGUCUGUUGUUAACUCUUUCUUAACUUUUAAACAUUAUUUUAUAGAUUCUGGCAAUAAACUUCUCAAAAUACUUUGCCUUCCUUGUUAUCUUCAAAAAAGAUUUGAAGUGGUUUCCUAGGUAUCCACAGAGUAAAAACCCUGUAUGGGCCUUCUUCCUCAGUGUUACCAUUCACUGAAUUUUCUCACUAGAGGAGCUGAGCAAUUGUUAGGAGAAUUCUAACUAAAUGUUGCCUUUAUGCUCUCAGGAUGAAUUAAAUCCAUUGUGAGGUAGACACAGGGAGGGGCUAGAAAAUUGGUGGCCAACAGACUAGUUAUAUUGGAAAAUUUUAUUUCUGUGACAGAAAAUAAAAUCUUGUCUAGAAAAGUUAGUGUCAUUAAAAAUGAAAAAGAGCUUUAGCACAUUUUAAGGAAAAUACCCCCCUUAUUAUCACGCUUUCCCUUAUUAAUAAUGUCAGAAUAAUUUUCUUUCCUAAGAAACUCAACACAACACUAGUCAUAACUGUACUAGUUACUAUGAAAAUGGAAGUAAUUAUCUUAGAAUAUUCUCAAAGUAGAGUGUGAGCAUGUAUUUUUAGUGAGAAAGCUUUGAUGGUUGUUGGGAAUAUAUAAUUUACUGGACCUCAGCCCAAAUCGAAAUGCUUAAAAUUGCACUGACGGAGUUUAAUGAAGCCAGUGUGUCAAAUAAUGCAUUGAAUAUUUAUGAAAAUUGAGAGUCUAUAUUUAUAUAGAUUUCUUAGAUAGUUUCAUAAUUUUUUAUUUCAGGCUCCAUAUAUAUUAUCCUGUACUUUCAGUCACUGCAGAUAAAGAUAUUUUUUGGCCCUGCAAAUAAAAAGACAAUUCCUUAUUGUCUGAAUAUAAUACAGUCUUCAUUGUACUAUUCAAUCCUUUGUUUACUUCUUUUUUAUUUUGUAAAAAAAAACACAAAAAAACCUUGGUUUAGCUCUUCUUAGAUUAUUGCUUAUUUAUGUGUAACAAAUCCCACACAUUUUAAUGGAAAUUUCUUUAAUUCUUCUUCGUCAUAUAUUUCCAUAGUAUCACAUACUAUUAUUUAGCUUUUACAAGACUCAGUUUUCAAUUAAGAUUGCAGUGUCCCUUCUACUCUUUCAAAGAAAUACUUUGUGACUUGAUCAUAUAAAAGUCCUACCAUCCUUCCUUAAUCUGUUAACCUGUAGAUUUCAUUUUUGUCAAGGCAAGUUUUCAGAAUAAAGCUAGGAAAAUCUCGUCUUUAUUGAUAAACUUAAGUAGAAAAUUGAUGUAUUAGCACAGUUUCCUGUUUAUUUAGAGCCUCUAAACCUAGACAACCUAUUUUAUUUUCUGGAUUACUGAUGACCCCUACAAUUUUCUCCUUAAAUUCAAAGCUCUAUAUUGUGUUAUCUGUCAUAAAACAGGACCAUAUUGUUAAUCUACCAUCAACAGAGCUUGAAUUUUAAAUUAUUCCAGGGGAGGUAGUUGUAUGGUGGUGGACUAUGGCCAUGUGGUAUGGACAAACAACUAGCUCUUCUGGGGCAUGCAGAUAGAUAGAUAGAUAGAUAGAUAGAUAGAUAGAUAGAUAGAUAGAUAGUAACCCUAGCCUUUUUUGCUUUGUGUUCUUUAACCAGAUGAUUAACCAAUCAUGAAAGAUUUUGUCAACAUAUACUUUUUCAGGGUAUAUUCUAUGAAUAAAUACUUAAUGUUGAUGGAUAAGACAAUGUAGUUGCAAAGAGACUGUAACUAUUCUUUGGCAUUGCCCUAUGCUGUUGUUGUACACUAAGGCCACGUAGUUAAGUGACUAUAAGUAACAUGACAUUGAUGGGUGGCUGUUUGACUCUUUGUAACCUAGGAAAGACAAGGCUCUGGGUCAGAUUGCAUGAGGGAUAUUAUCAUAUUUGAAACUCAUGUGGGACAUAUAGAAUAUAAAUUGAUAACUACGCAGCAAAGUUUACCACUUGUGUGAGUCAAGGUUCAUGGUUGGAAGAAGGAUGACUCUGGUACCUGAAGGAGGGAGAAUUAAUUUAUUGUGAGAAUGCUGAUAUUUCUUACAUGAUUUUUUUAUUUUCCUUAGUUGCUGGGUGAACAGGAAUUAAUAGUUCUCUUUCUUUGUCAAUUUAAAAUUUACCUUUAAUAUAAUGCUAACUUUGAUGACACAGAAUAUGUCAGAACCUA